CAAUCCAAGCCUCUCAUUCAAGCUCUACGCCUUACCGAGUCAAACCUUCACACCCAUCCCGCUCCACCACCGCUACAAAAAUGUCGUCCAACAUCAACAAGAACCUCUACUACACCGUCCCGCUGGAUGACGAUCUCGAAUCCCAGGACUACCUCCAAGAAAAGAAGGCGCCCUGGUUCAGCGUCCCCGUCCGAAGCGCCGCCGUUGCCGCUCCCUCUCACUCUUCUCCCUUGUCCGCUUUGUGGAGACUACGUCAAAGAUGGUGGCCAAACGACGAUAGCCGCCACCACAACAGCGGCAACACUCGUGUCGACGGCAGCCGGGAACAUGGAAGAGGCUUUUGGGACCGCUGGAUAUGGCUCGUCCACGCCGUUCUGCUGACUAUUUCCGUGACGCUUUUUGCGUUGUCUAUGUGCACGCUGCAAACCACGACGAGCGCGGGUGCGGGCGCGGCGGCAGCUCAGUGUCAGUGUCAGGGCACCGGGAUGGCGGAAGGGGCGAAGGGUGCUGCUGGUGCUUCGAGUUUUGUUCCUCGCUCUUUCUAUGAGGGAGAGGAGACGACGACGACAACACCUGCUGCUGUGCUUCCUGUUCCGGUUGUCGACAUUCCGGAAUCGCAACAUGUGGAUAUGAAGCUUUCGAUGGAUGAUAAGACUUGGGUGGAAGAGGAGGAGGAAUGAGGAGUGGAAUUGUGUUUCUGUGGGAGGGGAGAUGCCUGGCUUGACGCUGGAUCGAAGCUGGAUGUCAGCACGUGGUUAGAGGUUGAAUAUCUGGGUAACAUCAGGGUAACAACAGAGU